AUGCCUUUCUUAAAAACCUUUUGUGGUAUUUCUGAUCUACAAAAUGGUGUAAUUAUAAUUACUGCAAUCUCUUUGUUGAAUAAGUCUUCCGGAUUUUUUGGAAUUUCAAGUAUAAUUUAUUGUGAAAAUAUAUUAUCAAAUAUUUCUUAUCUUUAUUCAAUGAUUAUGAUUAUAGUGUUCGCAUAUUGUCUUUUUUACGGCAUAUUAAAGGAAAAUGCGACAAUUAUACGAUACUAUUCUUAUAUAUAUUGGGCAGAUCUGGCAGUCAGUUCCCUUUUUAUAAUAACAUUUGAAUUACUUUGGUAUUUAAUAACGGAUCAUACAAAGAUAUUGACAAAGAAUGGGAGUUUUUCAAAUGAUACUCAGUCAAUCACUGGGUCACCAACUAAAUUACCAGCAUGGGAAGCUGAAGCUACCAUAGCGAACCUAAUCCUGGCUUUUACAACAUUUGUACAUAUUUAUUUUGCAUUGGUAGUUCACAGUUAUGCACGUCUGGGGGAAAAACAAUAUUCAAUUAUUCGAACGUCAGAACAUUCUACACCAAUAAUGAUGUCAUCUUUAGUAAUGGCUUUGUUAAAACCUCCAA